GGUGGUGGGGUGUCCAAGAUGCCGCCCAGGUCGUCACUCACCUCGUCAUUUUCAGUAACCGACGCCAACCAUGAGGUCGUGUGUCCACUGCGAAAUCAAGAUGGCUCCAGCUGUCGAAAGCGCUGCAUCGGGGUGAGUCGCUGUCGCUCUCGUUGUUGCUGCCCACGCCACGAGCCGUCGAGCUCUUCUUUCCUACGGCGGCCAAUCCCGCCCGGUUUCCCCGCCCUUGCUCCGGAGCUCCCUAGGCCGCCCGCCAUUCCAUGGACAAUGGGACCGAAGGAGGCCAAGCGCCGCAGCAGCUGGCUAACAAUGUCGUCCAAAAAAACAGGAAAAGAGGUUCCGUUCCAUGCAGGAGCACAUCCGACGAGCUCACCCCGAACACUACAUCUCCAAGCUGCCUGCGACCGAAGAGAGCUUCCAUCUCAUGAUCAACACCCCGCCGAGCGAGCGACCCCAAACCCAGCCAGCCCUGGGCCCCCCGCAUGUCAACCAAGCAAAGGGCAUCAACCACACCUAUCGCCGAGACGGUUCCAGCGCUCCUGGCACGCCGCGAAACCUCGAUGAAUACUCGGGAGGUGCCAUGUUUCCCGCUGCAGCCGCGCUCGCUCAGCUGCACAACCACAAGACCGAGCCCGGCUGGGACUCAGAGGGGGACUGGCAUUCAGACCACGAAGGAGGGAGAGUACCGAGGUCGUCGAUCGAAUUGCCGCCCAUACACUUGGCCAACAGCGACGUGACAAGCGUGCCGUUCCCUAGCCAUGAUUUGGGAAGACGACGAGAGAUUUUGCCCUCGAUCCUUUCGGCCUCGCUUUCCAACUCUCCGCCUGGUCGCUCCUCCACGCUGCCACCAUUGCACAGACCGCUGGGCCCCAACCGACCGAGGAAGCAGUCCGUAACCAAGAGGGGCCAUCAGAGGAAAAAGUCAAAGGGCGCCGCUGCAGAAUGGCUUCGCCGGCUGCAGAAUGACGGUAACCCUGAUUUUCUGAGGCCCGGAGCCAAUGACAGGAAAGCACUCUCGGCCGAGCCUUCGAGUGAUUUUGGCAAACGCUGGGAGGAUUUGAUCGACGCGGCGGCUUCGGCUACGGAAGGCAUAGAUGAGGACAGAACUCCAGUGAGUCUGAAUUUCCCUUCAAUGUUCGACCCACGCCUGACAAGCCAGGUUCCACAAUCACCCAUAUCCAUCCACCGAGCAUCUCUUCCGCCUUUCCCGCAAAAUGCCUUUACGAGCUACCAAGCAUCUCCGCUGCAGCAAGCUCUCACACCUCCGUCAUACAAUCCCGAAGCUCCCGAUCCGUUCCCAUCUGUCGAGAGCGGCGAAAGCGGGGAGAACUUCCACAUAGAGUCGAGGGGCUUGUCAGAUUCCUCCCCAAGCUACUCCCAGAACACGCAGAUAUAUUGCGCCGCCUGUCAAGGGGUCUCUCUCCUGCGCGAGUCUUAUGCCUGUACGGAAUGUAUAUGCGGUCUUUGCCAGGCCUGCGUUGACGUUCUGAUGGGCGAGCAAGGCGCGCGCAGAAAGUGCCCCCGCUGCGCCACCAUAGGAGGUCGCUUUAAGCCCUUUCAACUAGACAUCCGGUAGUGCAUCUGGUAGUUCUGAUCUGUCGGGACUGCACCAGAGGCUCCUUUUGUUUCAACUCCUUUUUUUUCUUUUUCUUUUUUUUUAAAAAACAUUUAUCUUUUCCCGUCCCUUUUGCAUUUUACCUUGGUAGGGCACAUGUUCGGCGUCAAAAUUGGGAAGGGGAGCAUAUCUAU